AUGUCGAUUAUUUGUAAAUUUAACAACAAGUCAUCAUUUUAUAAUUUAAACACUGCCUUUGAUCUUAAGGUAGAAUUGUCUACUAAAUACAAUCUAAAUAUUAAUGAUAUUUCUCUUUUAUGUGGUACAAGAUUUUUAGAAGACACUUCAAUUCUCUCUGUUUUUAAUGGCCAGGAAGUUAAUGCUAUUCUAAAAUGUGUGGGAGGAGGAAACAUGUUAGAUGAAAAUGAUAGAGAAUUAGCUAAUAAAAGAAAUAAGAGAUUAAUAUGUAGGAGAUGCAAUGUUAGAUUAUCUGUUAAUGCUACUAAUUGCAGGAAGAAAGGAUGUGGUAGUAAAGAUUUAAGACCUAAGAAACAGCUAAAGGCAGUUAAAAAAUAA